GCGAUGCUGCUCUCCAAGUUCGGCUCCCUGGCGCACCUCUGCGGGCCUGGCGCCGUGGACCACCUCCCGGUGAAGAUCCUGCAGCCAGCCAAGCCGGACAAGGACAGCUUCGAGAAGACCUACCAAGUGGGCGCCAUGCUGGGCAGCGGCGGCUUUGGCACCGUGUACGCGGGCAGCCGGCUUGCCGACGGGCUCCCGGUGGCCGUGAAGCACGUGGCCAAGGAGCGGGUGACGGAGUGGGGCAGCCUGGGCGGCGCGGCCGUGCCCCUCGAGGUGGUGCUGCUGCGCAAGGUGGGCGCGGCGGGCGGCGCGCGCGGCGUCAUCCGCCUGCUGGACUGGGUCGUGCACCGCGACAUUAAGGACGAGAACCUGCUGGUGGACCUGCGCUCGGGCGAGCUCAAGCUCAUCGACUUCGGCUCGGGCGCGCUGCUCAAGGACACGGUCUACACCGACUUCGACGGAACCAGGGUGUACAGCCCCCCGGAGUGGAUCCGCUACCAUCGCUACCACGGGCGCUCAGCUACCGUGUGGUCCCUGGGCGUGCUGCUGUAUGACAUGGUCUGCGGGGACAUUCCUUUCGAGCAGGACGAAGAGAUCCUUCGAGGCCGCGUCUUCUUCCGGAGGAGGGUCUCUCCAGAGUGCCAGCAGCUGAUCGAGUGGUGCCUGUCUCUGCGGCCUUCCGAGCGGCCCUCUCUGGACCAGAUCGUUGCCCAUCCCUGGAUGUUGGGGGCUGAUAGUGCCCUGGAAAACUGUGACCUACGGCUUUGUGCCGUGGACCCCGAUGACGGGGCCAGCACCACGUCCAGCAGCGAGAGCUUGUGA